GGGAGCAAAGGGGCAGAGGCAGUUCGCUGCUCCACAGUCCCAGACCAGAUCCGACGUCGCGGCCAUGGAUCCCCCGCCGCUGCCGCGCGUCCUCCCCGUCGCCCUCCCCCUCCUCCUCCUCCUGCUCGCCUCCCCCGCCGCGCUCGCCUGGAAGAGGGACGAGUUCCGCAACUGCAACCAGACCCCCUUCUGCAAGCGCGCCCGAACCCGCGCCCCGCACUCCCUCGACGCGCCGCUCUCCCUCGUCGCCGGCUCCCUCGCCGUCUCCCCCGAGGGCUCCCUCACCGCCGAGCUCUCCCACCCCUCCCGCCCCCGCCCGCUCCUCCUCCGCCUCUCCGCGCUGCCCCCGCACGCCCUCCGCCUCCAGAUCGACGAGGACUACUCGGCCAACACCCCGCCCAGCCGCCGCUUCCACGUCCCCAACGUCCUCCUCCCCGACGUCGACUCCCGCGCGCUCCACCUCUCCAAGCCCAAGACCGUCGGCGGCGCCUCCACCGUCGCGCUCUCCUCCGACCUCGACGUCGUCGUCAAGCACGAUCCCUUCGAGCUGACCGUCCGCCGAGCUGGCUCGGGCGACCCCGUGCUCUCCUUCAACUCCCACGGCCUCUUCGACUUCGAGCCGCUGCAGGAGUCAAAGCCCGAGGGCGAUACCUGGGAGGAGCAGUUCAGGAGCCACACCGACACGCGCCCCCGCGGCCCGCAGUCGAUCACCUUCGACGUCUCCUUCUAUGGUGCCGACUUCGUGUAUGGCCUCCCCGAGCACGGCUCCACAUCGCUCGCCCUCCGCCCCACACGCGGCCCGGGGGUUGAGGAGUCGGAACCUUACCGCCUCUUCAACCUCGAUGUGUUCGAGUAUCUCCACGACUCGCCCUUUGGGCUGUAUGGGUCGAUCCCCUUCAUGAUUGCACAUGGCGCAAGUGCAUCUUCAGGAUUCUUCUGGCUUAAUGCCGCGGAGAUGCAGAUUGAUGUGCUUGCACCAGGGUGGGAUAGCGCGGCCUUGAUGGAGAAUGGGAGAAUUGACACGCUGUGGAUGGCUGAGGCUGGUGUGGUUGAUGCGUUCUUCUUUGUUGGUUCCGAGCCGAAGGAUGUGAUCAAGCAGUACAUUAGUGUUACAGGUACGCCCUCCAUGCCGCAGCAGUUUGCAGUGGCAUAUCACCAGUGCCGGUGGAACUACAGGGACGAGGAGGAUGUUGCUGGAGUGGAUGCUGGAUUUGAUGAGCAUGAUAUUCCAUAUGACGUGCUCUGGCUCGACAUUGAACACACUGAUGGCAAGCGAUAUUUCACAUGGGACCGUUCCACAUUCCCGGAUCCAGAGGAGAUGCAGCGGAAGAUAGCAGAUAAGGGGAGGAAGAUGGUAACUAUUGUAGACCCACAUAUGAAGAGGGACAGUGGGUACCACAUCCAUGAGGAAGCUACUGCCAAAGGUUACUAUGUUAAAGAUGCAAGCGGGAAGGACUACGAUGGGUGGUGCUGGCCUGGGUCAUCAUCAUAUCCUGACAUGUUGAAUCCUGAAAUACGGGACUGGUGGGCUGACAAGUUCUCCUAUCAAAACUACAAGGGAUCAACUCCAACGCUGUACAUUUGGAACGACAUGAACGAGCCAUCAGUUUUCAACGGCCCUGAGGUCACCAUGCCUAGGGAUGCAUUACAUAACGGUGAUGUUGAACAUCGAGAACUGCACAAUGCAUAUGGGUACUACUUCCAUAUGGCUACAUCAGAUGGGCUUCUCAAGCGAGGUGAGGGUAAAGACAGGCCCUUUGUUUUGUCAAGGGCCUUCUUUGCUGGAAGUCAACGGUAUGGGGCAGUUUGGACUGGUGACAACACUGCAGAUUGGGAUCACCUUAAAUCCUCUAUUCCGAUGGUUUUAACUCUUGGUCUUACUGGCAUGACCUUCUCUGGUGCGGAUGUUGGUGGAUUCUUUGGCAAUCCUGAGCCUGACCUAUUGGUGCGUUGGUACCAAGUAGGAGCUUUUUAUCCUUUCUUUAGAGGUCAUGCUCACCAUGACACCAAGAGGCGGGAGCCAUGGUUAUUUGGAGAGCGAAGAACUGCCCUCAUGAGGGAGGCAAUACAUAUGCGGUAUUCAUUGUUGCCCUACUAUUACUCUCUGUUCCAAGAGGCUAGUGUAACUGGUGUUCCUGUUAUGCGUCCUUUGUGGUUGGAAUUUCCUGACGACAAGGAAACAUAUAAUAAUGGUGAGGCUUUUAUGGUUGGGCCAAGCAUUUUGGCCCAAGGAAUUUACGAAGAGGGCCAGAAAUCAGUGUCGGUUUACCUUCCUGGAACGGAGUUAUGGUAUGACUUGAGAAAUGGAUCUCCAUACAAGGGAAGUGUGUCACACAAGCUGCAAGUUUCAGAAGAUAGCAUACCAAGCUUCCAAAGGUCCGGCACAAUUGUGCCAAGAAAGGAUAGAUUCAGGCGCAGUUCUACUCAGAUGGUGAACGAUCCAUACACCCUGGUGAUAGCCCUCAAUAGCUCUGGUUCUGCAGAAGGUGAACUUUAUGUGGAUGAUGGGAAAACUUAUGAUUAUCAGCAAGGGGCAUUCAUCCAUCGGCGUUUUGUAUUUGCAGACAAUAAACUAACUUCGAUCAAUAUUGCGCCUGAUAGUCUGGGCAAGAAGGUAUAUUCAACUGAGUGUGUGAUUGAACGAAUUAUAGUGCUUGGGUUAUCAUCGGGAGCAAAGAAGGCUAUCAUUGAACCUGGGAACCAAGAAGUGGAAAUUGAUCUGGGACCGAUUAGUUUAAGGAGUGGUUCAAAGUCUGUUGCGCCAACAGUCAGGAGGCCCAAUGUUCGUGUUGUAGAUGAUUGGACGAUAAGGAUCGCAUGAUAUGCAGCCCAUUCACAUAUGGAGCCUGAUGUCUCCGUUGUUCGCUGUCUGGCUAUAAACUUGGGCAAUGCUAGAAGCGUAGUUUCAGACUCGUAAAUGUUAUCUGUGGACACCCAAAUUUCAUUGUUUCAGACUUUCAGUGGACCCAAAAUUUCUGCAUGUACCUGGUACGCAUGCUGUUUGUACUCCCAAUUUUGACAUAAGUCGUGACAUAAAUUGCUGAUGUAUACCUGUAGCACUUAUACUGAAAUUGGUGUGCCACGUAUGAUGUAUGCGAUAUGAAGUUCUUGCAACAUUGCAAUUUAGUA